AUGGGCGACGCUAGGCAAAAUGUUCUAUCUAAUGAUGAAUUGGACUCUGACAUCGUCUGCGUUCCUGAACCCUUUUUCAGAAAACACACGAGCAAGCCCUACGUCGAGGGAAUGGAGGAGUACCAAGUUUUAUACGAGGAAUCCAUCAGAGAUCCUGAAGCAUUUUGGGCGAAGCAAGCCCGAGAACUACUCUCCUUCGAAAGAGACUUCGAUACCAUCCACACAGGUUCGAUCGCCAAUGGAGACAACGCUUGGUUCCUGGGGGGAAAACUCAACGCUUCAUUCAACUGUAUCGACCGUCAUGUCUCCCACGACCCCAAGAAACCGGCGAUUAUCUUCGAAGCUGAUGAACCCGGUGAGGGCCGUACUUUGACCUACGGUGACAUGCUGCGCGAAGUUUCUCGUCUCGCCUGGGUGUUGAAGUCCCGUGGUGUCCGCAAGGGAGAUACAGUAGCCAUCUACAUGCCAGUUAUCCCUGAGGCCAUUGUGGCUAUAUUAGCAUGCGUUCGCAUCGGUGCUGUGCACUCGGUUGUCUUUGGUGGCUUCUCGGCUACUUCGCUUCGGGAUCGUAUCCUCGAUGCUCAGUGCAAGGUUGUUAUUACUGCAGAUGAGGGUAAACGCGGUGGAAAGACUGUCCACCUGAAGAAGAUUGUGGAUGAUGCACUGUCGCUCUGCCUCGACACCACAAGCGUUAUUGUGUUCAAGCACACAGGCUCUCCUAUCCCAUGGACUGAAGGAAGAGACAUCUGGUGGCAAGAAGAAGCAUCAAGGUUCCCAGCAUACCUCGCCCCGGAGUCUAUGGACUCCGAAGACCCCCUCUUCCUUCUAUACACUUCAGGAUCCACAGGAAAGCCCAAGGGUCUGAUGCAUACCACUGCUGGCUUUUUACUGGGAGCCGCUAUCACCGGCAAAUAUGUGCUGGAUAUUCACCCAGAGGACCGCUAUUUCUGCACCGCUGACUUUGGCUGGAUUACUGGCCACACGUAUGUUGCCUACGCCCCACUACUUCUCGGAACAACCAUAGUGGUGUAUGAGGGAACUCCCAAUUACCCCAACUUUUCGCGUUACUGGGACAUCAUCGAAGAGAACAAGGUCACACACUUCUACACAGCACCUACAGCCCUGAGACUUCUCAAGCGCGCGGGCGAUGAGCACAUCCAUCACAACAUGGAACAUCUUCGUGUUAUUGCUUGCGUAGGUGAGCCGAUUGCAGCCGAAGUAUGGAAAUGGGUUUACGAGACUGUGGGCAAAAGGCAGGCCCACGUCGUUGACACCUUCUUCCAAACAGAAACUGGAGCUCACAUCCUUAGCCCACUGGGUGGAGUGACCCCGACCAAGCCUGGAAGCGCAACCCUCCCGUUUUUCGGUGUCGAACUGGCAAUUCUGGAUCCAGUUUCUGGCGAGGAGCUUAGUGGCAAUAGUGUUGAGGGUGUCCUGGUAGCGAAGUACCCGUGGCCCAGCAUGGCACGGACUGUCUGGGGUGCGCACCAGCGAUACAUGGACACCUAUCUGAACGUGUAUCCUGGUUACUACUUCACGGGGGAUGGCGCCGGCCGAGACAAAGAUGGCUACUACUGGAUCCGUGGCCGUGUCGACGAUGUGGUGAAUGUAUCAGGUCAUCGUUUAUCCACAGCCGAAAUUGAAGCCGCGCUCCUAGAGCACCCCAAGGUCUCCGAAGCCGCUGUCAUCGGAGUCGCAGAUGAUCUUACUGGCCAAGCAGUCAAUGCCUUUGUGGCCCUCAAACCUGAUUGUGUGGUCGACGAUGGAGAGUUGACCAAGCAUGUGCGUACCACUAUCGGAGCAUUCGCUGCACCUCGGAUUAUCUUCGUCGUGGUGGAUCUGCCUAAGACCCGUAGUGGCAAGAUCAUGCGUCGUAUCCUUCGCAAGAUCGUGAGUGGCGAAGAUGACAGCCUCGGUGAUACUUCGACACUGUCAAACCCCGGUGUCAUUGACAAAAUUAUUGCUACGGUCUAUGCCUGGCGGAAACAAAUCGCUGAAUAAUGCAAUAUAAGGUAACUAUCUCACAGGCGAGUAAGCCGCACAAACGAGCUAGUCACCCCC